AUGGCGGCCAGGAGCGAGCGGCUGGGAGCGCCGCCGCCUCCCCCGCUUCCCCCCGCCGCCCCCGAGCCGGAGCCCGCCGGGACGCUGCCCAAAUAGCCGCCCCGCCCGGCCCCGCCCCGCACGGAGAGCGCCCGGCCAUGGAGCUCGCCAAGCCGGCCUUCCCCGCGCUGCCGCAGGCCAAGGAGGAUUCGGAGGAUUGGACCUAUCCCAUGAGGAGAGAGAUGCAGGAAAUUUUACCUGGGUUAUUUUUAGGCCCAUACUCUUCAGCUAUGAAAAGCAAGCUACCUAUACUUCAGAAGCAUGGAAUAACCCAUGUAAUAUGCAUACGGCAAAACAUCGAAGCCAAUUUUAUUAAACCAAACUUCCAGCAGCUAUUUAGGUAUUUAGUCCUGGAUAUUGCAGAUAAUCCAGUUGAGAAUAUAAUACGAUUUUUCCCUAUGACUAAAGAAUUUAUUGAUGGAAGUUUACAAAGUGGAGGAAAAGUUCUUGUCCAUGGAAACGCAGGGAUUUCUAGAAGUGCUGCCUUAGUUAUUGCAUACAUAAUGGAAACGUUUGGCGUGAAGUACAGGGAUGCGUUUACUUACGUUCAAGAAAGAAGGUUCUGUAUUAAUCCUAAUGCUGGAUUUGUCCAUCAACUUCAGGAAUACGAAGCCAUCUAUCUAGCAAAACUGACCAUCCAGAUGAUGUCACCGCUGCAGCUGGAGAGAUCGCUCUCUGUUCCGCCUGGCACUACAGGAAGUCUAAAGCGAAUGCAUGAAGAGGACGAAGAGCUUGGAACCAUGCAAGUGGCAGCAGCACAGAAUGGAUGAGGACAGCACUGUUUGCAUUGUGAGCUCCUGCUGAGAAAGUUCCCCAGAAGCUUUGCUGAGGGACAGUCCCUCCAGAGCAAGCCUGAACUUCUUAGCCUAUGUCAAGGCUACUUAGAGACCUGUUACAAAUAGCAGAUUCUGGCUUGAAAACUACUGCCUGGAUUAAAGCGUGCUGCUGGAACAGAUGCUGGUGACAGCUGAGGAAAUCUUCCUGCAGUAAGUCAAGGCUUUUAGUUGAGCCAGGACACCUGGGCUGAGGCUUUGUAGCCUGACAGUCUCUCAUGUGUAAGGUGAAGGCCCUGUGUCACUCAGGGAGCUUCAGUGGAGCUGGGAGAGCAGCACUUUCCCUUUAUUGCCAUUUGUCCUGUGCUGUGUGCUUCAGUGAAGAAGUUAUGUAAAUUCUUCAGAAAAAAAAAAAGUCUUUGGAAAACGUAUUGUGCUUGAGUCAGGAAACUUCCAGCUUUAAAAGAACAGCUUUGAGGCUGUUGGGAAAUGAAAUCCUCAGGCACCUCACCACUUAGGCUCCAAUGCUCCCAGUUGGCUGUGCAGUUUGUGGAUGCCUCCCUCGUGCAGCAGACACCAACUGCUGCCAGCUGCAAGCUUCUCAUGAAGCAGGGCUGGGAAACAGAAUUUCUGAGUAAAGCUGCUUCCUCCUUCAGCUCCCACGGGCCUCCUUGGGCAAGAGUAGAGAUGAAACACAGACAAAAGAACGCUGCUGAUUCAUCCAACCAUCCCCUGCCAGAGAGCCUUAUUCAUGUCUAGUCUGGUUCUGUUACCUCACUGGGGUCCUGCAGUUUCCUUGGGGAGACUGUCUCACCAACUGUUAGGCUUCAUGACUAAGGAUUUCCCACCAGUUGUCUUUUCACUCCAUUACCACCUUCCUCUGACUGCUGAAGUCGUUGUGGCGUGUGCCUGCUGCCCUGCAGAUAACAGCCUCUCAGAUCCAAAGGGAUUCUGAGAUGAGAUUUUCUCUUACAUACUACUAUGUAGCUUUGUAUUUGAAGCUGUCAUUGCUUGCUUCUUGAUAGUAGGUAUUUCAAUUACCAUUUGCUUUCUGAGGUUAAACUAGAGGUGGCAUUUGGCAGCAAGCAUCCCUGCCUGGGGUCUUUGGGUAUCACUGCAGGCUGAACUUUUUUCCCUCCUCAGAUUCAGAGGUACAGUUGCAGCACUGAAGUCUUUGUAUUCCACAACUGUAUGUUAAGGUAGAAGAGUUCCCUUUCCAUUUUAGGGGAAGCUGGGUGAAGGAAGGAGCUAGAGAUGGCAUACUGUGUGUGGAGAGCUACAAACCAAGGACUGGAGGCUUAAGGAGCAGCUAACAUUGAGCUUUGGAGAAUCUGGUGGUGAAGUCCAAGCUAUUGGAAAGCAUCUCCCUGUUUGAUUUCUGACAGCAUCUGUGGUUCCUUUGUUCUCCCAGGAGGCCUUGUCCCUCCUUUUGAGCCUGUGCUGCUGUAGAUAAAGUAGUUCUAUCCGUUCAAAAGACACAGUGUAAUUGAGUAUCUCCUGCUUCUGUUGCUCUUAGUGGCAAUUGCCAGUUCCUGUGAACUGACAGAUGAAAAUGCAUGUGCCAUGUAUUCUUCCAGCUGGCUGAAACUGCAGUGACAUUUGUAUGUCACUAGCCAGACUGUUAGCACCCCUCAGAGCAUCUGCCAGCACUUAACAGAGCCAUUCCUUACCAUGCAGGGUUGGUGGUGUGCUGAAUAACUUGUUGAAGUCUCAUUUCUGCCCUACAGCUUUCACACUUUUCCUCCAGAGGGAUUGCUGACAGUUCAGCAGUUAAACUGCACCUUUCCUCACACAGCACAGCUCUUCUGUACCUCCAGCCAUCCCCAAAAGGUGAGGCUGCCAAGGUUGGCAAUGUCAUCUCUAAUACAGAGCAGAGGGCCCUUCCGUGUUAAAGCAGGAUUCCUCCCAGCAGAACAGAGCCAUGCAGCCACAAAACCGAGCUUUCAACCUCAUUCAUUUGUUUUACAAUGAUCUCAGCUGAGUACAUCUCACCCGCUCCUCACUGGCACUAAUCAUUUCAUUAGCUCUUAAUGAGAGCCUAGAGCUACUGAGAUGGCACAGUAUCACAGAGCUCACAUCAUCCACUUCAAAGUAGUGGAAGUGCAGAACUGAUUUAAACAGGGAGAAGCAAAACACUCCACGUUGCUCACAGGGGUCAGCACACAUCAGCAGAUGUUUUAUAGUUCUAUAGUUCUCUAGCUGCUUUCAGCUGUCAGCAGAGCCCCAGUUCCCCCUCAGGUACACACAGCCCUAGGAAAUGGGUGCCCAGGCUUAACUGCAGCUUAGCAGAAAGUGGGUGAGAAGCUCCAGUCUGGCUCCUGAGGCAUGCAGGGCUCAGAGCUGGACUUGCUCUCAUUUUCUCACCACUCCUGGCAGCCUGUGGCUGCAUCUGUAAGCAAUCAAGCUGUGCAGAUGCACACCUCAGGUUUCGUGCCUUCCUCUAAAGGCAUCCACGAAAGGCAUCUUGCUUCACAGACAUCAUGCUUCAUGAGGUGCCAUACUUGAAAUCAACAUGAAGACUCAAAAAAAAACAAAGUUCAGUUCAGAAAAGCAGAUCGAAGGUACAGCAGUAUCAAAAGCAGAGCAGAUGUAGUUGGCAGUCUUAAUUUAUUCAGCUUAAACAAAGAUUUUUUAAAAAAAUAAUCAAUAAAUAAACCAGGCAUUACCAAGGGGACACUGUAUUGAGUACCAUCAGGGACAUUAAACAGAACCCCCCCACACCUUAAAGUAGCUCUCCUCACCACAAGGAAAGGACUUUCCUUAAGGCCUGUUCACAAACAAGGCUGGCUGCUCUGUGCCAACCUUUGCCUAUUCAUAAUGCCCUAUUCACAGAUGGAGGAUUUGUCAUCCUUGCACAAAACACGAUUGUUGAAGUGAGGGCUUCGUAUAUUAUUUGCUUGCCUCUGGGGGCAAAAGUGCUAAAAUCAUUUAUCCAAUCUUACAGAAGAGGGAUGCUUGCAAACAGCAGCUAUCCCUCAGGACACUGAUCUGGGAUCUCGGGGCUGGUUUGAAAUGCAAUAGGUAGAAGUGGUUACCAGCAAAACCAGAGCUGAACUGGCCCAAAGGAGUUCAAGUACAGCAAGUUGGUUGGAUGCGUUGGGUGAAGCUGAAUGUGUUGGUACCUUCUUAUAGGUACAGGCAUUGGCAUUCCCACUGAGUACCAGUAAAAGCCCACUGGAGAUGAGGUGUAUUCUGCCUGUCAGACAUUCCAGCUUCCUAUUUCUGUUGCAAAUCAUGGGUUGGUUUGUCAUAAAAACAUAAUUGUCCUGAAAACAUAUUAAGUUAUCAGCUAAAGUGCAGGGUCCCUGCAUGGAGGACUAUGCAUCCAUUUAGGCUCCAAAACAUUGGCUUCAACAGAGCCCAUAAGGAUCCCCCAACGACACUAACAGCAACAAAUCCAGUUUCAGAAAGCAGUGCCUAUAAAACUUCAGGUACACGAACAUCAACAGCACUUCAGUGAGGUUUCAUGGAAAGAACAGAACAAAUUCCCAUCCUGUAGUACUGACUGCAUACGAGAAGCAUCCCUACCCACCUACACCACCCUUCAUUGAAGUACAGACAGGAGCACAACCCCACAAAGCUGUACUUUGGCUACCAAGAAGAGAAGCGCAAACCUUUAGAAAAAUACAAUGCAAGAAAAGA